AUGAUCGGACAUCAUUCAUAUGAUAAUAUUGCUGAAUGCAUUGAUAAAGUGCUUAAUGAAUUUAAYAUACAAAAUAAAACAACUCUCGUUGUUACAGACAACACUUCAAAUUUUGUUAAAGCCUUUAGAGUGUUCAGUAAUGAAAAUGAAACUGAAGCUGAUCAUACAGUCAAUGACAGUGAUGAAACAGAAGAAACGGAUAUUGAUCCAACAAACAUUGAAACCAUAGAAUUAACCAGUGUUUUGGGAUCGCCAAACAUAGAAAAGCCUUUAGACUUUUCAUUCCCUCCACAUCAAAGGUGUGCAGCGCACACUUUAAACUUGAUCGCUGUGAACGAUAUAAGUGAAGCUGAAAAAGAUGUAGCAUAUAGACUAAUGAGUAAGAGAGUGUUUGGAAAGUGCCAAAAACUUUUUAAUAAACAAAAUCAGUCAACGAUUUGUGCUGAUCAAAUAAAAAAAUAUCUAGGUCGAUAUCUUAUAACACCUAAUGCAACAAGGUGGAAUUCUUACUAUGAUGCUAUAAAAUGUGUUGUGAAUAAUAUUGAAAAAAUUGAAAUGAUCUGUAUUGAGCUGCAAUUGCCAAUUAUUUCAAAACCUCGUGAAGUUGCAUUUUUAAUUGAAUAUUUGAGUGGGUGUUUGAUCGUGUGGAACAAGUCUCAAUUAGUUUGA